AUGCGUAUGUAUAUGGAAAAUGGUGCAUUGGCCAGGUCGGUCAGUGGACGUGGACGUGGAGAACUUGGACGUGGACAUGGACGUGGACGUGGACGUGGACGUGGAGGACUUGGACGUGGACAUGGACGUGGACGUGGACGUGGACAUGGACGUGGACGUGGACGUAGACGUGGACGUGGACAUGGACGUCGACGUGGACAUGGACGUGGACGUGGACGUGGACGUGGACGUGGACGUGGACGUGGACCUGGACGUGGACGUGGACGUGGAAGUGGACGUGGACUUGGACGUGGACGUGGACUUGGUCGUGGACGUGGACGUGGACGUGGACGUGGACGUGGACGUGGACGUGGACGUGACGUGGACGUGGACAUGGACGUGGACGUGGACGUGGACAGGGACCUGGACGUGGACGUGGACGUGGACAUGGACGUGGACGUGGACGUGGACGUGGACAUGGACGUGGACGUGGACAUGGACGUGGACGUGGACAUGGUCGUGGACGUGGACGUGGUCGUGGACGUGGACGUGGACGUGGACGUGGACGUAGACGUGGACGUGGACGUGGACCUGGACAUGGACGUGGACCUGGACGUGGACGUGGACGUGGACGUGGACGUGGACGCGGACGCGGACGCGGACGUAGACGCGGACGCGGAUGCGGACGCGGCUUGGACGCGGACGCGGACGCGGACGCGGACGCGGACGCGGACGUGGACGUGGACGGACGCGGACGUGGACGUGGACGUGGACGUGGACGCGGACGUGGACGCGGACGUGGACGUGGACGCGGACGUGGACGCGGACGUGGACGUGGACGGACGCGGACGUGGACGUGGACGUGGAUGUGGACGCGGACGUGGACGGACGCGGACGUGGACGUGGACGUGGACCCGGACGUGGACGCGGACGUGGACGUGGACGCGGACGUGGACGCGGACGUGGACGUGGACGUGGACGUGGACGUGGACGUGGACGUGA